AUGGCAAUGAGAAGAUCAGCGGCGGCUCUGGACAGGGUGUUGCUCGCCCAGGGCGCUCUCAAAAGACCGAACAACGGAUCGAUUUGUUCAGGUUGCCAGCGAAGAUGGAGUUCCGUUUCGCAGAAACCAGGAUCGGAUCGCGUUCGUUUCCCCGGAGCUGUCAACUCGAGGUUCACCACAUCCCUGGGCUUCUCCCGCGCCAGCGAAGACGAUGCAAUGCCCACAUAUCGUGUACUGGACCAGGACGGCGUGGUGAUUGAGAAAGAGCAGCCCGAUAUCAGUGAUGAGGAAGCAAUCAGAUUGUACAAGGACAUGGUCAGUGUCUCUGUCAUGGACCUGAUCAUGUUUGACGCGCAACGACAAGGACGCGUGAGCUUCUACAUGGUUUCUGCUGGCGAAGAGGGAAUUGCCGUUGGCAGUGCAAGCUCUCUCAACCCCAAAGAUCCCAUAUUCGCACAAUAUCGAGAAACCGGAAUCUUUCAACAUCGUGGGUUCACUUUCGACGACUUCAUGAGCCAAUUAUUCGCAACCAAAAACGAUCCUGGCCUUGGUAGGAACAUGCCUGUCCACUAUGGAAGUACAAAAUAUCACAUUCACACAAUCAGCAGUCCGCUGGCCACUCAAAUACCCCACGCAUCUGGUGCGGCGUAUGCCGUGAAGAUGCAAAAUCAGCAAAACCCCAACGAGGAGCCGCGGGUGGUUGCAUGCUAUUUCGGCGAAGGUGCUGCUUCGGAGGGCGAUUUUCAUGCGGCGCUGAACAUCGCCGCCACACGAUCAUGCCCGGUCUUGUUCAUAUGCCGCAACAAUGGAUAUGCGAUCAGCACGCCGACUUUGGAACAAUAUCGUGGGGAUGGAAUUGCAUCUCGUGGGGUGGGGUAUGGCAUCGACACGAUCCGAGUGGAUGGCAAUGAUAUCCUUGCUGUGCGCGAGGUGACGAGACGUGCAAGGGAGUWGGCACUGCAGGACGGUGGUAGACCCGUCUUGAUCGAAGCGAUGAGCUACCGCGUCUCCCACCACAGCACAUCUGACGAUUCCUUUGCAUACCGUGCGAAAGUAGAAGUCGAGGAUUGGAAGCGAAGAGACAACCCCAUUACUCGUCUACGUAAAUGGAUGGAGGGCAAGGGCAUCUGGGAUGAGAGCAAAGAGAAAGAAUUGCGGGCUGAUACGCGAAAGAAUGUACUGACUGCGUACCGGAAAGCCGAAAAGGAGAAGAAGCCGCGGCUCGGUAACAUGAUGAGCGAUGUGUACGCGGAGCCCACUGAAGAGCAGAGGGAACAGAUGGAUGCCUUGCGGAAGAUCAUCCAAAAGUAUCCCAACGAGUAUGAUGUCUCUGAGUUUGAAGGCGGUCUGGAUGGCUUGACUUUGGAUAAGAAGUAG